AUGAGCGAGAAACGAAGUCGUCGUCACCGCGAAAAGGACCGCGACCGCGAGAAAGACCGUGAUCGUGACCGAGACAGAGACAGAGAACGAGACCGUGAUCGUGAUAGAGACAGUCUUCGAGUACCCCGCGCUCGACCCCACCGUGGCAGCUCGAGGAACUCAUCCAAGCAGUCAUUAGCAACACACGAAGAACCUCGUUAUUCCUCGGCCGCUCCCGCAGCUCCUCCGCCUUCCUAUUCUUCGUAUCCUUCAUAUAACUCGAACAAUCCAUAUGGCUCUUAUGUCGGCUCAGGUUCUAAUACGGCCUUGAGAGCUGCCUCGUCUCGAUUCUCUCUCAACGACCAGUUCGCCGCUACUCGAAAAGAGUUUGACGCCUGGGAUGAUGAUGGAAGCUCCAUCUACGACAAUGGGAUAAAUGAGGAGGUUGAGGAGGAGGCAGAAGAGGAAGAGGAGGAAGAGGAAGAAGACUCAGACGACUCCGAAGCAGACGAAAAGGCCCCCAUGAAAUCGACAAAAGGAAAAGAUACACCAUUGAAAGAGACCAGCACUGCACCUCCCAAUUCAGUGGUUACAGACUCCAACUUUUACGAUCUUUUCUGUCUCCCGCAAGAUGCACAGGGGCUAUCGCAGCAGCAAAUCCGAAACGCAUACUAUCGUCUCUUCGUUCUCUUUUACCCAGACAGCUACCCCGAACAUCUACGACCAAUUGCUCGCCAGCAAUUUCUCCAAGUGCAAGAUGCUUUCGAGACGCUCAUUGAUCCAGCACGCCGAGCUCAAUACGACCUGGAUCAGUUCGCAAAGGCUGAUGAUGGAGCGACAAAGUCAGAGUACGAGAUUGCUUUCAGAGAAGCUGUUCGGGACCGCAUACAAAACAGUGUCAGCACGAAUUCCGAUCUGGGUAUUCGAUUAGAUGCAUCUGAGUCUCUCAGCGGCAAGCCAAAGCUCUCAAUCCUGGACUUUUCCUUCAGUCAUUCCGUCACAGUCGAGCUUCCCAGAAUGCAGAAGUUACUGCAGCCUGGAAUUGCCCGGAUAGAAGGUCUCACUUCUAGGGAGAAGGAAGCAAUCGAUGGUCCAGCACAACCUGGUAUCCAUGUUGCUACGCCCACAGUAUCCAUUACUGGAUCUACGUACGGCAUCGCAAAGGACCUCUCAUCAGUGCCAACAUCGCUCUUAUACGACCGAUACCAGCCUCUUUUGCCCCUGACGAUUCCCAGACAGAGGCUCAUGCAGCUCGUCGAGAACAAGUUUGCACCAUUGACAACCCUUCAGUACAGACAAGAGUUCCUCAAUCGUUCGAUGUCUCCGUCACCGGACAAAUUCAGAUGGAUCAAGACUGCUAUCGAAGUGGAGGCCGAUGUUUUGCCUGAGUUCUCUGCUAGAAGCCGUUUCUAUCACCACUUCCUUCUGCCCAAAUUCACGACCCCUACCAUUGCUGAAACUAGCAUUCAGUCCUCACGGGAUUGUGCAUUGUUCCAACCCCGUGCUGCUCUUGGAAUCUAUCAGAUGAUGCGUCAUGGCACAGGCUUCUUCCGCGCAGACAGUGGUGACUGGGGCUAUGGUUCUGAUCAGUACUACCGAUUCUUCUCUGAGCAUUCCACCAUCAACCCAGACUUCUUCAAUGCUGAGGCCCCCGGUGCUACUCCCAGCAUAGAAGUUGGUUUCCGCACCGGACUUUCAGACAGACUACCAGCCCCAGGUGCCUCAGACUCUACUGGUGACGAGGGUGGAAUUCGAGGCCUUGAUUACGAGAUCAGCACAUGCAAGCAUGGAACAUGGGCUAUCUCUGCUUCUGCUACGCCCACUUCAGCAGCUGGUGCUCUACGAUAUAGCAAGGAUCUAGCUCUGCCCUUCCAAGCUCCUCCCACGUCCCUGGACCCUGGCAUGUCCAAACCUGCACGUCUAGAGGCAGAGCUCUGCUCAAACAGAUUCCAAGAUCAAUACUUUGCUGUCCGAAACCUCUGGUCUGUUGGUCGUUUUGCACGCAUCGGUAUCGAGGUCGGUAUGAGCUUGCACAACCUUCACCUCUCCGUCUACUGGUCUCGUCUCGGUCAACGACUCAGUCUUCCCUUGCUCAUUGCGCCGCGAUCGCUCCUUGGGCCCCAGGUACUCUUCUGGGCUGGCGCAUUGCCCUUUGCCGGUCUUGCUGCUGUGCAGCUUGGUUUGAGCUAUCGCCGUCGUCAACGAGCCUCGCGUGGUCAUCGACGUGUUCGUUCAGAUGUCUCUUCUACCGGCAAGCCUGUCGCCAUUGCUCGACAUCGAUACGAAGCAGACAACGUCACUACGCUCCUCGCACAGCCCGUCGAGGUUCGCCAGAAGCAACAGAUGUCUCUUGGAGGACUUGUGAUCAUUAGCGCGAGAUACGGUAUCCCCAGUGAAGACGGUUUGCUGGUGCCAGGCGAUGAUGUUGCCGAUGUGACAAUCGCCAUUGCCGCCCUGGUCAACGAGCCUACCUACGCCAACGGGCCUGCAUUGGUGAUCCCUCAAGGCGUGCGUAAGAGUCGUCUGCCAGGCUUCUGGGACCCCGCGCCUGGUCAGGAGAAGGUUCUCCGUGUGGAAUACGUGUUCAAGGGCGAGUCAGGCUUUGUCGAGGUCGGCAACCGUGAUGAACUCGUUCUUCCACCUCAGGCUUAA